CUGUUUUAGCGACCUCGUGCAUUUCAUUACACCAGAUGCUAUGAAAGAACACGAGGAUAAGAAAAGCCGAAAAAUUCCACCAAAUUAUCUUGGUAAGGAAAAUCUUGCUAUAUUAGUAGAAAAAUAGUUUUUGGUGCGUUUAUAGGUAUAUCAGGUCUGUCUUUAAUGGCAGGAUUCACAUAUAGAAUAUCAUCUUUCAAGAAGGUCAAUCCAUUACCAUUCAUGCAAUUUACCUUGGUUAUUUCGCUGUCUUAUCUUUUUUAUCACACUACGAUUGUCCAUUCCUAUAGUUUAUUCAGAUAUGAAUAUUAUCAAUCUCUGAUCAUUCCUACUGGCCUGUGUUUUGUGAACUUUUGAACUGGCUCAAUAAAGAUGAGUGAUGUUAAAGAAUAGAAUUAUGAAAUGGCAUUAAGAUCGAGAUUUUUAAAAAGUCGAGUUAGUGUAUCUUUCUAAUUACAAUUGACUUUAAUCUAUUUGAUAAAAGUUAAGAAUAAACAAUAUCAUGUCUCUUAACUAAUGGACCAUACCAUGACUACCGUUUGCUAUUUUGUCAAGUUAUUUUUAUGAUAAGUCUCGUUACAUUCACGUAGCUUUAUCUUUUAACGGAUCAUCAUUUUAUAUACUACAUUCACUUGAUAAAUAUUCAUGGAGUGCUGCAGUCUCGUGAUAAACCUAUCUUUUUUCUGCCUACAUAACUCAUAUUUAAGUUUGAAGUAUUAGUCAUCGUAUCACAUGUUGAAAAGAACAAAAGAUGUGCAUUUCCCUAGCUGUUAUGUUUGGUAGAUUUUAGUGGUCCAAGAUCUCACUCCAUUCGGAUCAUAUGAAUGACUGUUAUUGGAAUAUACAUGUCACCAAUCCUCGUAUAUAAUUAUAAACUUAACUCACGCCAGUAAAUAACGGGAUUAAAACAAGUCAAAUACAAGAAUGAAUUUCGAAUACGUGUAUUCAUAUAAUCGUUGAUCAAAUAAAACGAUCGGUGAAACGAAGCGAAACAGAUCGGAGAAGGCAAUUGAGCCAACUCGAUUUAACCAAUCGUGAAUGCAUACUUAUACUCAGACAAAAAUAAGUUCCAGAGAUGCGAUGAGUAAAAUAAGAAAUGUACACACAUACACUUACAUAGAAAUGGAAAAGAUUGAUAACUGAAUAAUUGACAAGGUCAAAAUGUGACCCAAGACGAAUGAAUAAGUUGCUUGUCCGGAAGCUACAAUAAGCUAUGUGGGCUUGGAUAGCAAACACAAGAGCAUCAAGUUGAUUUGGAAUAUCGUUUUAGUAUAUUUGGGACAGCGGAACCGUUCUGUAAAGCGAUUCUUCUGCAUUGAUAUAUAACUGGGUUAAUCUUGAUAGCUUCAGUGCCGAAUUUAUUCAACCCAUUUCAUACCGAAACCACGUGGUACAUACAUAAAUCUAACGGGUGAACUGGUCCUGAACCACUAAACUGAUUUGAAAUCACUUGGCGUACAAACUAUAAAAUUCAUUAUUGCUUAUGUGAAUAACAAUAUAUCGCUGCAAAUGUCCAAGCUAUCAAGCCUACUUUCAAAAGUUCACCAAUUCUUCAACCUAAUUUUAAUGUUAUGUCAUUUUUCUCAAUUAUACUGUUCACAGGCAAUUAAUCAGGACAAAACUAUGCACGAAUCUGGUAUACAUUUUGCUGCUCGUGCUCUUGGAGUAGCAACAAUUAUAACUACCUCAUCACUGGGAGCACUGUUUUUAUGUACGUGGUACAUUAUAAACCCAGUGGAUAGAAACGACUUUAAUGAACGUAUACGAAAUGUAUUCCCUUAUAGAUGGAAGAUAAAAUCAUCAGAUAAUCGUUCUGAAAUUAGAACUUUCGAAGAGCUUUCAUCCUUAAUAAAUGAUUCUGUAAAAAACAAAUGACGAAUAAUCAUUACUCCCGUCUGCAACUUAUUAUUCUAGUUGUCUGCAUGAAAUGAGUGUUUUGAUCCUAGUAUUUCUAUGUCGUUAAGCUGUAAUUUCGUAAGGUCUCUGGAUAAAAUUUCAGUGAGUUCUACUGAACGAUUUCUGGCAUCCUUCAGAAAGCUAUACGCUCAGGUGUAAUUAUGAUGGGUGGCCUCAACGCUCAUGUUCCGAUUUGUGUUUUACUCCGUUGAUAUUGACUGUCAAAUGCAACCAUUUAUUCUUAACAGGCAAUGUUUUUAAAAUCGGAUGCUG